CCUGCGCAGCCUCUCCCUGCGCUCGGGCUGACACCAUGGCGCGGCUGCUGCUGCCGCUGCUGCUGCUGCAGCUCGCCUGCCUCCUGCUCCCCGGCUCCAGAGCCGCAACCCCGGGCGGGAGCAUGCUGGGAGAUGUGAACAUCUCGGCAAUCCUCGACUCCUUUAGCGUCAGUUACGACAAAAGAGUAAGACCGAAUUAUGGAGGUCCUCCGGUUGAGGUCGGGGUCACCAUGUACGUGCUGAGUAUCAGCUCGCUCUCUGAAGUAAAAAUGGACUUCACUCUCGACUUCUACUUCCGGCAAUUCUGGACGGACCCACGCCUCGCCUUCCGCAAGCGGCCGGGGGUCGAGACGCUGUCCGUCGGCUCGGAGUUCAUCAAGAACAUCUGGGUGCCCGACACCUUCUUCGUCAACGAGAAGCAGUCCUACUUCCACGUCGCCACCACCAGCAACGAGUUCAUCCGCAUCCACUACUCCGGCAGCAUCACGCGCAGCAUACGCUUGACCAUUACUGCGUCGUGUCCCAUGAACCUGCAGUAUUUUCCCAUGGACAGGCAACUGUGUCAUAUUGAAAUCGAGAGUUUUGGGUAUACAAUGAGGGACAUCCGCUAUAAAUGGAACGAGGGGCCAAACUCUGUGGGCGUCUCGAAUGAGGUGUCCUUGCCGCAAUUCAAAGUAUUGGGACAUCGCCAGAGGGCUAUGGAAAUUAGUCUCACCACAGGAAACUACUCGCGGCUGGCGUGCGAGAUCCAGUUCGUGCGCUCCAUGGGCUACUACCUCAUCCAGAUCUACAUCCCGUCGGGGCUGAUCGUCAUCAUCUCGUGGGUGAGCUUCUGGCUCAACCGCAACGCGACGCCGGCGCGCGUGGCGCUGGGCGUCACCACCGUGCUCACCAUGACGACGCUCAUGUCGUCCACCAACGCGGCGCUGCCCAAGAUCUCCUACGUCAAGUCCAUCGACGUCUACCUGGGCACCUGCUUCGUCAUGGUCUUCGCGUCGCUUCUCGAGUACGCGACCGUGGGCUACAUGGCGAAGCGCAUCCAGAUGCGCAAGAACCGCUUCCUGGCCAUCCAGAAGAUGGCCGAGCAGAAGAAGGCCGGCCUCGAGGCUCCGCACGCGCCGCCGCCCGGCCCGCCCCCGGAGGGCGACCACGCGCCCAAGCAAACAGAGGUGCGUUUCAAGGUUCACGAUCCGAAGGCCCACUCGAAGGGCGGCACUCUGGAGAACACGGUGAACGGGCGCGCCGACGAGGAAGCGGGCGGUCCGGCGCCGCAGCACCUCAUCCACCCCACCAAGGAUAUCAACAAGCUGUACGGCAUCACGCCCAGCGACAUCGACAAGUACUCGCGCAUCGUUUUUCCCGUCUGCUUCGUGUGCUUCAACCUCAUGUACUGGAUCAUCUACCUGCACAUCAGCGACGUCGUCGCGGACGACCUCGUGCUGCUCGAGGAGGACUGAGCGUCCACCAUUUCUUUGCCUGUUUUCCCUCUCCUCAUCAUCACACCUUUCUGUUUCUAUUUCUUUUUUUACAUUCCUCACUGAUUGUAAAGUUUCUACGAACUAGAGGGGCGUGUAUUUCGCUCCGUCGAGCGUGCUGCGUACAAUAGCGAGAAAUGGCAAGUGGCGACUAAAAAAAAAUUUUUUUUUGUUUACUCAGGAGUGGGAUAAGGAUCGAAUUACGGACUCUUCUGUGCAACCGUGUGUAUGAUUUCCGCCGUACACUACACGUACGCCAACACUCCCACAGCCUAUCAGUUCACGCACAGCCUGUUACAUCUUCUCGACACUGUACUGUAGCCACAUGUGCUGUUAUUCUAAAUAAUAAUAAUAUUAUUAUUAUAAUAAUAAUGAUGAUAAAGAAAUGAUAUAUUCACACGUACUGUAGGUAUGUAACUGCGAUAGCGGUGCUAAGAAUGUGUGGACACGUCAGUAUUCGUGGUUGUGAAUGACAAAGUGUGGUGAUAGGAAUGUGGAAAGAACAUUAGUACUUCUGUAAUGUAGAGUGAAUACAAAUAUUCUAACGAACUCUUUAAAUCAGUAAAGAAAUGUUGAUGUAUUCUUCUAGUUACUUACGGAUGCCUGGAAGCGAGAAAGGGAUGUAAUGAGCAGCAGGAGAUACUUUGUAUUGAAAACUGAACCUCGUGUGUGAAGUUCGCCAUUCUAAAAUCUGAUGUAGUAAAAUGGUAGUUGUAAUCCAGAUGAUAAACUGAACACAGGAUUCAUUAAUUUUUUAAAAUGAGUUAAUACAAGUGUAUCGUAAGAGAAGAGCUCCCGUAGCCUUCCCGACCCAACCUUCUCCUUUUUCUAUGAGAAUUGUUAUCGUGUUCCACAUCAGCCCUUCCACUCUCACGCGAGACAUCUGUGUUCGACUGCUUGACACUGUGCUUUCGAAAUUGUAAAGCGUUAUCACUGAAUGUUGUUUUCUCUGUGGCACACUAAAAUAAUCAGACUGGUUCUGAUAUAUAUUUCUGUUACUAUGUAAUGAUAAAUUAAGUAUUAUAAACCUGUUGAUAUGUUACAAUCAAAUGUGUUAAAUUUGUUGGUAAAAAUUUUAAAGUGAGUGUUUUAAUAUGCAUGACAGGCAGGAGGUGUCGAAGUUCAAAGCUGUAGUGGCAUUGUUCCAAAGACGUGAAGAAAUGUUUACAUCAGAUAAGUGUAACAUUCUUCUUCAAUUAGUUGAUUAAAGACCUGCAGACCACUUCUCUUAAUUGUUGGGACAUAAUAACUGGUACUUGAGGAUAUUCAUAGUAUUUAUUCUUGAUAUUUAGGCUUUUUAAAGAAAUGUUUGUAAACUGGAGUAGGUCAUUGCUGUCAGUCAGUGAAAUUUUAGCAAGUGUUUAGUGCUAAUGGUCCUACACUGUGGACAGUCCGUACUUCCAUACACAUCGUACUGAUUCAUCACAAUGAAAACAGAAAGCACACACCACCUGUAAAUAUACAUAUAAGCCAGUGCAAAUGCACAUAAAGUAAUGAAGAGGAAGCUCUCUUUGCCAAAUUACCAUCACUGAUUCGUCAUUUAAUCACUCUUGCCUGUCUAUCAUAUUAUUUUUAUUGGUUAAUAUUUGUAUGUAAAUGUUGAAAAUGAAUUUAUUUCAUGUUAACUAAUUGCAAACACAAACAGUUUAAUUCCUGGGCCCACUAGACCUUGAGAUAAGUAGCUUUUCCCUAUUACCUGACCCAGAUCACUGAGUAAAAAUACUUUUAUACAAAAAGGAGAUUAAAAAUAAUCUGAUCAGAUGUAAAAAGUACACUAAUAUAUAUUUUAGUCUGUAAGGAAUGCGAAAAUUCAUUAAAUGAUAGUUCUCAAGUCUCAUUCAAAACUGAAGAAACUGGCACAGAUAUAUAUUUAAAACAUGAACACAUAGUUUGAGUGAGUGAAUGGAUUUUUCAUAAAAUUUUCAUUCAAUUAUUGCAAAUAAUCUGAGAAGUUCGGACAUACGUGGUGGUUUUAACAUUGCUUUACUGAACGAAAUGGUUAUUAAAAUUAAAUUGCAAUUUUUCAUCAAACAGCAUUUUCAAUGCUACACUAAUAACAGCCUUACUUAAACACAAUCGUUAGCACUUAUGUACAGUUCUGCAAAUUAAUUUCAUUUUAUGCAUUCUACUGAAAGCACAAAUAUUUAUUAAUUGAUGCCAUGAUGUAAAGUGAAAGGUUUGUGCACUUUAAUCUUAGGAUAUAAUAUCCUCACAACACAUAACUGCCAUUUUAUAACACACAAAAUAUAAAUGAGAAACAAAUACCAGUUUUAAAUAAUUCAGUUAAUAAAAUAUUACAGUAAUAAUUUUAAAACAUAAAUAUGAUUUGUCAAUUUGAUAAAUGGGUGCAAAACUCCAAGUAUAAAAUGUGGCAAUGGUCAAAAUUGAAAAAAAAAAACAUGCACUUUUUGGCUUAUUUCUUUCUCUUAAUAUUAACUCACAUUGCCAUUAGAAAAGGAAGUCUUAGACAAUGAGUGACUGUUAAUGGAAGAAUGAAAAGCAAUAUUCAUUGUUACACUCACAAUGCCCUCAUGAAUAUUUAGUUUACAUAGACAAUGAGUCAAUGGACAGCAAUCACUAAAAUUUACAACAAAGUAUGUGCUGACCAAUUGCAUAGUUUUAGUUUCAAAUCAAUUAUAUUUAUAACAUAUAUAAAAAGGAUUAGCACCUGACAUAUUUUUGGAACUUCAUCUCACUUAUUACCAAUAAAAUAUCUGGGUCAACAUUUUUUAAAUUAAUUUUAAAAUUUACACUUCUGUUUAACAGCAACACUUUUUAGUCAUAAAACAAAUAUGUUUCACACUAAUGUAUCGGAAAAUGCACAUAAAAUAUGUUUCAUAACAUUAUUUUUUCAGUUUUAUUUUGUUAAAAAAAUGCUCACCUCAAAGAAAAAAGUACAGAAUAAGUACAGUUAGGACAUAAUGCUGUAGGAUGUUCUAGGCAACAACAGGACAAAAAGUGAGGCUGGUCUGAUCUUUGAAGAUUUUCUACAAGUUGACAUUUACUAAUUUUACAGGUCUUCAUCAUUUAUGAUUUAUUAUGUUAAAGUAAAGUUAAAUUCAACAUCAAUUUGUGACACUCAGUAAUUAAUGAACUUUUCUUUUAAGAAAAUUUCACUCGUGGCACCUGUAGCAAACCUUCUGUGAUGCGUGCUAGUGACACAGACUGUACAUAAAAAAAGAGUAUUCAUUUUAAAAUGUUUAUGUGUGUAUGAAGAUUAAUUCAAUGGUCAAAGGCCACAGUUAUAUUGCUCAAUCAUUCCAAAAAUAAAAAUUAAUUAUUAUAAACACUGUUCUCUCUUAACUGUAGACAAACAUGAAAAGUGCUGCUAUAAGCAAUACACUGGCAUCAAGGCCAAUUAUUUAUAGCUUGUAUGUGUAUGGAGAUACAAACACCUUUGGUUCAAAAAAGAUCAUUAAAUCACCUAGCCACAUACCAAAGAUCUAGCACUCCUGCUUUUGGAGCACUUUAUACUAUUGUUCCUCAUUAGAAAAUUCUUAUUGCAGUAAAGACCCAUCAAAACAUAAGAAGGUUCAUGUCAAUAUCUGCAGCAUAUAGGCUACACGUUAAUUCUAAAGGACUUACAAAUGGAACCUCCUAUGUUUACACAGGAGAGAAUAUUGUUAUACACUGAGAAAGCUUUUAGAACUAAUUUCCUGUAGAUAUCAGUGCUUGUAUGUGGAGAUUAAUUAAGAAACAAGUGUUGUGUUUAUAAAAAAGUGCAGAAAAAUAUGUAAAGUAAAACUGUUUUGAAUAAGUGCAGUAUAUUUUGUGCGAAUUCAAUUUGAGCAUGUAGAUUGCUCACUAACUGAAUAUUCUAAAGAAACAAGAGGAGAUGAUCAUGAUGUGUAGAAAACUUCAUAUGAAUAUUUGUUCGUCAUUUUUAUUUCAAUAAAAGCUAACAAUGAGAACACA